AUGAGUUCAGAUAGCGAGCACGGUCUCACCCCACCCUCCGCUCCUACCAAUGUUCUCCGAACCUUUCCUGCCGAAGGUGACAGGAUCCCCGGCCGCACCCAACAAUUGGACAACGAGUGCAAGCGCACUUUGACCCGUGCCGAAGACUGGGAGCUGACUGAACAGGUCAGAGCCAACUACCAACGAAACUUAGAGUCAUUCCCAAAGGAAAGAAAACUAGGUGUCACUUGGAGCAACCUGUCAGUUACAGUCAUGAACACCGAGGCAAGUAUCCACGACAAUACUCUUUCACAGUUCAACCUUCCUAGAAUAUUGAAAGAAGCUCGCCAGAAGCCGCCGCUCAAGACUAUACUUCACGGCUCACACGGUUGCGUCAAACCUGGAGAAAUGCUUCUUGUAUUGGGACGUCCGGGCUCUGGAUGUACCACCUUCCUAAAACUGUUAGCGAACAGACGAGCAGGAUAUUUAUCCAUCGAAGGCGAUGUAUGGUACGGGUCCAUGAGCCAUGAUGAAGCGAAGCGCUAUAGGGGUCAAAUUGUCAUCAACACUGAAGAAGAACUCUUCUAUCCUACUUUGACUGUUGGUCAGACUACUGACUUUGCUACGCGGCUAAAACUCCCUUUCCACCUCCCAAGCGGUGCGCAGUCACGAGAAGACCAUCAGCGGGAAAUUCGAGAAUUCCUACUAAGUUCAAUGAACAUUUCUCAUACAAAAGACACUAAAGUUGGUAACGAAUUUGUUCGAGGCGUAUCUGGAGGGGAAAGAAAACGUGUCUCUAUUAUUGAAACAUUAGCUAGUAACGCUUCGGUCUAUUGCUGGGACAAUAGCACAAGAGGACUCGAUGCCAGCACCGCCCUCGGAUACGCUAAAGCAAUCCGUGCAAUGACAGAUGUACUUGGCCUGAGCUCUAUUGUCACCUUAUACCAAGCUGGCAACGGAAUUUUCAAUCUCUUCGACAAGGUUCUAGUGCUCGACGGUGGACAACAAGUCUACUAUGGGCCUAUGGAACAAGCAAAACCGUUUAUGGAGGAGCUUGGGUUUCUGUGCCCUCGAGGAGCAAAUGUUGCAGACUUCCUUACUGGCGUAACAGUACCGACGGAGCGACAGAUCCAGCCUGGAUAUGAGAAUAUAUUUCCGAGGAAUGCUCCCGAACUGAUUAAAUGCUACGAAAAGUCCCCGGUCUACAAACAAAUGACAUCACAAUAUGAAUUUCCAAGUUCACAUGAUGCCCAAGAAAGCACUAAAGCUUUCCAGGACUCGGUGGUUCAUGAAAAGGACGAGCAGCUCCGGCACUCAAGUCCUCUAACGAGUGGACUACUUACACAAGUCAAAGACUGUGUGAUUCGUCAAUAUCAGAUCUUUUGGGGCGACAAAGCGACAUUCCUCAUUAAACAAGUUUCCACCAUCAUUCAAGCUCUGAUUACUGGCUCUCUAUUUUACGAUGCUCCUAAAAACUCUGCUGGCCUUUUGUUAAAAUGUAUGACUGCAUGUUUUCGUGCAAUUGGUGCGGCCUUCACUACCUUCGAUGCAGCUUCCAAGGCUUCUGGCUUUGUGAUCAUGACCGUGGUCCUAUACGUGGGCUACAUGAUACCUAAGCCAGCUAUGCACCCUUGGUUCAUUUGGAUCUUCUGGCUUGACCCACUAGCCUAUGCAUUCGAGGCUGUCAUGGGAAAUGAAUUCCACCACCAGAUUAUUCCUUGUGUCCUGGAUACGACGAUGUUCGAUAUCCUGGCCCAACGCAAAACCGAGGGAACGAUUAAUGGCUCAAUUCUUGUCGAUGGCCGACCUCUUCCCGUAUCAUUUCAGAGAUCAGCCGGAUACUGUGAACAGCUCGAUAUCCACGAGCCGUACGCGACCGUCCGGGAAGCAUUACGAUUCUCGGCCCUACUCCGACAAUCACGAAAUACAUCAAAGGAGGAAAAGUUUAGAUACGUCGACACAAUUAUCGACUUACUAGAACUUCAGGAUAUUGAAGAUACAUUGAUUGGUUUUCCUGGCUCCGGCUUAUCUAUUGAACAAAGGAAAAGAGUUACAAUAGGAGUCGAGCUUGUGGCUAAACCUAGUAUUCUCAUCUUUCUUGAUGAGCCUACAUCAGGUCUUGACGGCCAGUCAGCAUAUAAUACAGUCCGCUUCCUACGCAAGCUUGCAGACUUAGGUCAAGCGGUUCUAGUAACUAUUCAUCAACCUUCAGCUCAGCUCUUCACGCAGUUUGACACAUUACUUCUACUUACUAUGGGUGGGAGAACCGUCUACUUUGGAGAUAUUGGCGAUAACGCGGCAACUGCUAAGGACUAUUUUAGUCGAUAUGGAGCCUCUUGUCCACCCAAUACAAAUCCAGCGGAGUAUAUGAUUGAUGUCGUUUCUGGUCAUCUAUCUCAAGGCCGUGACUGGGCAAAAAUAUGGUUAGAAUCCGCUGAGUGUGGAAGAGUAGCGAAGGAGCUGGACGGUAUAGUAAACGAAGCAGUCGCUAAAGCUCCCGGCAUACACGAUUAUGGUUUUGAGUUUGCGAUGCCUCUGUGGUCGCAAAUAAUGAUUGUUACGCAGCGGAUGAAUAUUGCCUUAUUUCGGAAUACCGACUACACGAAUAAUAAGUUCGCUCUCCAUAUAGCGAACGCUUUAUUUAACGGUUUCUCAUUCUGGAUGAUUAGCGACUCUGUCAGCGACCUACAACUAAACCUCUUUACGAUUUUCAAUUUUAUCUUUGUUGCUCCUGGAGUGAUUAAUCAAUUACAACCGCUAUUUAUAGCACGGAGAGAUAUCUUCGAAGCAAGAGAGAAGAAAGCGAAGAUGUACAGCUGGAUUGCUUUUGUCACAGGUUUGAUAAUCUCUGAGUUUCCAUAUCUGGUCAUUUGUGCAAUACUCUAA